AACAGCAGCAACAACAACAACACCAGGAACAUACAGGAACUAAUAGUUGAUCGAGUGAUGAAGAUGAAGAUGAUUAAGAUGGAGAAGGGGGAAAACCUAUUUUGGUUCCGAUUCAAUAGUAAGAAAAUAAGGUCACCAAAUUGACCUGAGGGCUUGUUCUUCAUCGGUAAAUCAGGGGGAACACCAGAAACCAGUAUAACGAAUGGAAGCAAAAAAAAAGUGGUCAUCAUGAGAGUGACCAGUUUAUAAGGAUGAACCCACCGGGGAAAUAGAUACAAGUUGAAUUGAUUGUGUGUAGACAAUGAACAGUUUCAAUUAACCCUCAAAACUAACCACUGGUCAAGCUGAACGUUUUUUUGCUUGUUUCAUUCUUGUGUAUGUUAAAAGUUGAUCAUAAUCAUCAUCAUGACAGUAAUUCCAAUUCAUCUUAGUUAUCCAGAGGAAACAUUGACUCAAGUACGAAGUAAAUUACGUGAAAAAUUGUCCAAUCGUUUGACGGAAAUUGAUGUUAAUUUAUUAGAUCGUCUUAUGGUUGAUGAUCUUUUAUUACGUCGAUACAUUAAACGACGAAAUGGUGAUAUUGAGACGAGUGUUCCGUUUCUCUGUUCCGUUCUGGAAUGGAGGAAACGUAUGGGUUUCCCUGAAUUAACGGAAACCUCAUUUCCUAGUGAAUUCUAUGAGGUUGGUGGUAUAUAUAAUUAUGGUAUCGAUUCUGAAGGUAACCCGGUUGUUCAUAUCCGGAUUCGUUUAUUUCAAAAGAUUGAAGGGAUUCUCGAUAUAUUGAAAAAGUUUUCCAUCUAUCAAAUGUAUCGAGCCGAUGAAUUGGCCGCUUCAAAGGGACCAGAAUUUGGUUGGGUUUUGGUUUUCGAUUGUACCGAUGCUUCAAUUGCCAAUGCCGACAUUGAUAUGGCCAAUUUUGUCUCGUCAACUUUAAGAAACUAUUUCCCCUCAGGUCAAAAAUAUAUUCUGGUUCAUCGGCUCCCCUGGUUACUCUCGGCGGUGAAAACUUUGGUCUACACAAUGUUACCCGGUUAUGUCAAGAAAAAGAUUCGUUUCUGUGAUGAGAAAACUUUAACUGAUCAUAUCGCAAUUAACAAUUUACCUGAUUACUUGGGUGGACCAGGGACUCCAAGUGAUUAUCGGUUAAUCCCUCAGGGUUUAACCACCACCCGUGAGUUAACAAUUAAGGGAUUACUGCCAAUGUCAGAUGAACAAUUAAGUAAAACUUAUCAGUAUUAUGAUAAAUUGAAAUGCUUUUUAUAUCCAAACAAAGAUUGAAACAUUAAAGAAACAAUUAGAAUAUAUAAUUAAUUGUUCAAUUGCUAUUUCGUAUCUGAUUAGUUUCAAACAAUUCUAAUCAUGAUGAGGAUUAGCAAACAAUCUAGUUAAUAGUAAACAAUCAAAUACAAUGUUAUCAGUUUUUGUUUACAAUCGAUUAACAAUUUAAACCACCGAACCUUUUUUUUUAAUUCUUUCAUCAAUCUUUAUGAUUAACUAAUUCACUUUAAUUGUUUGUUUACUAACUAAUUGUCCACUAGAUUUAAUCACAAUAAAAGUCACUUGCUUCUUGUAUAAUCUGCUGGUUAAUUUUUC